AGCAAUCUCAAUUUGUUCUUCAUACUAAGAGCUCCGUUUUACCUUUUGCCAAAGCUAUCUUAAUUUGUUCUUCAUUUUUAGAGAAUCUUUAUUUCUCAAUAAUUCUUCGAUUUUUGCUCUUCGAUUUCGCAGUCGUUUCUUUGUUUUUUCUCGGUUCGAAUUCCGUUCGAUUCUCGCGUGUGGAUUUUUUUGACAGAUUUUUAUUUGAAUUUCCCGUUUCCAUUCUUUUUUCCCCGAAUUAUGGAGGUUUCGGUGAUCGGAAAAUCUCAGGCGAAGAUCGCUGGAGCCGAUUUUGGUAACAGGGAGUUAGGGUUUUUCAAUUCGAAAGUAGAUAGAAAGAUUUUUGGUUCGAAGUCGAAGAUCUGUUUCAUGAGAAAUUCGAGGUGUGAAAGGUCGAGAAUCCGAUUAUCGACGAAAGCCGUGCAGAUGGAACCAGUUCAACCUCAAAACCUAAACGUUGGAAGAAGAUCCAAAUCUCUUGAGGGGGUGAAAUUGUAUGUUGGUUUGCCAUUAGAUGCAGUUUCUACCUGCAAUGCAAUUAACCAUUCAAGGGCAAUUGCAGCUGGCCUUAAGGCUUUGAAGCUGCUUGGUGUAGAAGGUGUAGAGCUUCCGGUGUGGUGGGGAAUCGCUGAGAAAGAAACCAUGGGGAAAUAUGAAUGGUCAGGCUAUCUUGCCCUUGCGGAGAUGGUCCAAAAUGCAGGUCUCAAGCUACAUGUUUCACUUUGCUUCCAUGCAUCUAACCAACCAAGAGUUCCUCUACCCGAAUGGGUCUCGAAGAUCGGUGAAUCUGAGCCUAGCAUCUACUUCACCGAUCGUUACAUGCAGCAAUAUAAAGAUUGCAUAUCACUCUCUGUUGAUAACCUUCCUGUCCUGAAUGGGAAGACUCCUAUCCAAGUCUACCAUGAAUUUUGUGAGAGCUUCAAGUCUUCAUUCUCAAAUCUCUUGGGCUCUACAAUCUCGGGUAUCUCCAUGAGUCUCGGACCAGAUGGUGAACUUCGAUAUCCUUCCCAGCGACAACUGAAGUCACAUAGAGUUGGAGAAUUUCAGUGCUAUGACAAAAACAUGCUUAGCCUUCUUAAGCAACAUGCCGAAGCAAGCGGGAAUCCUUUAUAUGGACUCGGAGGCCCCCAUGAUGCUCCGAGCUAUGACGAAAUGCCGAACUCGAACAGUUUCUUCAAAGAACAUGGUGGUUCAUGGGAGUCUCACUAUGGCGAUUUCUUCCUUUCGUGGUAUUCUAGUGAGCUAAUUGCUCACGGCGAUCGCCUUCUCUCUCUUGCCUCAUCUGUCUUUGGAAACACCGAAGCAACCAUUCAUGGGAAGGUUCCAUUGAUGCAUUUUUGGUACAAAACUAGAUCACACCCUAGUGAAUUAACAGCCGGAUUCUACAAUACCGCCAACCGAGAUGGAUACAAUGCUGUUGCCGAAAUGUUCGCCAGGAACUCAAGCAAAAUGAUCUUACCUGGAAUGGACCUAUCAGAUCAACAUCAUCCUCAGGAGUUGCUAUCAAGCCCCGAGUCAUUAAUAGCACAAAUCAAGUCAGCUAGCAAAAAGCACGGUGUAAUGUUGUCAGGACAAAACUCAUCCGAUUCGGGACCUCAUGGGUGCUUCGAUAGGAUAAAGAAGAAUUUGGACGGGGAAAAUGUGGAGUUGUUCACAUACCAGAGAAUGGGAGCUUAUUUCUUCUCUCCAGAGCACUUUCCUUCGUUUGCUGAAUUUGUUCGAAGUGUUCAUCAACUCGAACUGCAUUCAGAUGAUCUUCCCGCCGACGAGGAAGAAGAAGACGACGUCACCGAGAUGCCAUGUCCCAGUCCCGUGCCUGAAGCACGGAUGCAAGCGGCUUAAGAGAGACCGGAGUAUCGUAGUAAUGUAAAUAUGGAACGAAUUUGGUAAGAUCAUUGAGUAGAAUCUGCCUUCUUAAAAAAAUACUGAGACAUCGUUUAGGCCAUUUCAUGUUCUGUGAGUAACUUCAAUUCAAGGCAUGAGAAAUAGUAUUUUAGAUUGAGGAUUUAUAUUACACAUCCUCGUGAAAAGUAGCACUGUAUAUGCUUGUAAGAUUCUGGUUUGGUUUGAAGCAAGAGAUACUUCAAGAUUAUCAUAGUUUGAUAUGUAAAAUUUCAGUGAUUUUAAUAAGUCAUGUAUUAAAAACCCCUUAUAUUUUGAUUUAUUAUCAUUAACUUCGAAAUUCGAACCUA